AUGGACUUUGUACCACAGCCCACCCAUUCAAAACCGAACACGGUGAAUGUUCCUCUCCUAGAUGGCAUGCUUUACGAGGUGAUCCAACCAGGCGAUAUUGAGAAAAGUGUCGCAGAAGCAGGGAGGGAGGCUCACACUUUUUCGUCUCCGACCAAAAUUGCCUUUCAUAUCCAGCACCGGUUUUUCUUCGGAGUCUUAGCCAAAUAUUUGAACGCAGAUCUUGAUAUCGAGAAGUUCUCCAAGAACAUUAAAGGCCAUGUUGGCCGGUUCGUCUGCCUCCGUAUGGUCGCUGAUAGCCUUUUUGAUGAAAAUGAACGGCACCGCCUCUACUUCGAUGAAGAUAGUGACGAGGGGAAAACUUUUCCCAACCUCUUAGGGGAGACAAGGUCAGAGGUCCUGAGACUUGAAAGUCUUCCAGGUGGAAACUUCAGCCCCGUUCCCGAAGUCGCCUUGUCUGCGCUGAUUCUAUGCGAUGCUUUGAUUGCUCUUAUAAUGGACGAACAGGAAAAAAUUCGUUUUCCCAGAAAUACCGGAAGGGAAUUGAUUUACAACAAUCCUGUGCAGAGCCCGUAUCGCCAUGUGAAGUGGCCAUACCCCGCCUCGUCGGAAAACAUGAACAACAAGUCAGACAUAAGGGCUGGGGUACAGGGCUCACUACUACUCAUCAUCGACCGUUUUAUAAAAAACGGAUGGUGUCCUUCGAUUAUCCGGGUCACUGCGAGAAGUGCUGGUUAUUUGACCCUUUACUACAUGUGCCAGAUUAAGCGCUCUCGUUCUCCUCAGCUUGACCAUACGAACUGCAAGGGUAUGAUCUGUACGGCAGCUAAAUUGUUUGCAAUUCCAUAUGAACCCCCACAAGCUGUUACGCAAUCCCCCAAUCCGACAAAAGUCGCACCGCUGCAAGAUAGAGUUGACUUUGAACCAAAACACGCUCUCAAGGGUUGCAGUUGCUCCAAAAUGAUGAUUCCAGUCCAAGAUGUGGUGAAUAUCCUUAAGGAUGAUAAAAUUCCACUGCUCAAAUUUGAGAAAAACCAUCAAGGUGGUUGUUCACGGUUGAGAAUCGUUCCCGCAAAAGUGGAUAGCAGAUAUGUUGCGGUCUCUCACGUCUGGUCGGACGGCUUAGGAAACAGUCAAGACAAUGGCAUCUGGCAAUGCCAGUUAGAUUCCAUUGUUGAAAGCCUUUGCCAACUUCCCAAUCAUCGUGGGGAGACUAUGUCACAUUUGGCUUUGAACAGACGGGAAACUCUGUUGCCAGGGAGUAUACCAGGAGUUUACUCGAGGAACACGCCUUAUGAUUUAUUCUGGCUGGAUAUCUUGUGUAUUCCCAACGUAUCCGUCCUGCGCGGUCAUGUUUCUGACCCUCAAGAGCUUCGGACUUCUGCAAUCUGCCAAAUAUCGGCUGUAUUCGCAGGUGCGAUGCAAGUCAUGAUAUUGGACAAAGAAAUCCAGAAUCUGAGGCUUGAUACAUAUAGGAUGCCAGAGAUUCUAGCUUUAUUUCAAGGUAGCAACUGGGCAACUAGAGCUUGGACAUACAAAGAGGGCCAGGGCUCACUAUGCUAUGUGAAAGUCAAGAAUGGAUUUUUCAAUCCUCGAGAUAUACUCCUUGAAUCGAGAGAUUGGAGCCAUUUUACCCGUCGGAAUGGACGUACUCUGGAGCAAAUCACAUCUGCCUCUGUAAUCGAUCCCUAUUCAGAAACGUCAUUUUCGAGUAUGAUUGAGCGAUGGCUCUCUCAUGACUUACAGCGUUUGAUUCAUCAAACCUGGUUUUUUCCUCUAGACUGGGAUGAUGCGCCAAAAUAUUCUGCCUUUUCUUCAAUCCAGAAGACCACAUCUCGACUUUCUAAUACGAAAGAUUCCCAUCCUCGGAGUCUCUUCGCAAGCUCAAAGCCUUUCAUAUCGGUCUGGAAUGAGUUACUUCGGAGAUCAUGCACAAGACAUGAUGACCUGAUGUACAUAUUCGCAAUGUCCCUGCAGAUGUCACCAGAUGAUGUCCUGAAGAUUGAUUCUGAUGAGAGAUUCAAGGCCAUUAUUUGGGGAUUUUCCGAUGUUCCCUUGUCACUACUUUUCACUCCUUGCAAAAGGCUUCUAUUAGCCGAUGACGAUACCAUCAAAAGACAUAUUUUCAAGGGCGAUCCCAUUCCGUUGAAAGACUGUGAAGGAGGACCAGAUAAAUGGCUCCAAAGGGCUGCGGAAGAUUUUGCUUUUGGUCCUACCUAUCCUUUGAAACAGCAAUAUCUUGGCAAAUUCACAUCUCGGGAGAAAGAUCAAAUAACCUUCCAGUUUCCACAGAAACCAAACAAUCCCCUUUUGAUACUGAUUCCGCCAGUAAAGGAAAAUACGCCCUGGUUGAGAUUGGUUCACAAAGGACAAACAUGGAUUAUCCACUUUCACUCUGUUUCACCUGCUGCGAUGAGUGGAAAUGCCAUUUUAAUCAUUGAUACUCGUACGCUCGCGUGGGAAAAUGACGGAUCGAGAUGGGGAGAGACGCACUUCGAUGGCAAAUGGGUUGCAGGAUGUUGCCUCGAGCUCAAGUCAGUCUACAAUGAAGAGCCCAACUAUUGGCGUCGGUUCCAUAGGGACCAGCGGUCAGGCGAGCUGCAUGCGACACACUUUUCUUCUAUUUCGGUUUUGCAACCCGGAAAGGCCAAUGAUGAGAAGAUCAGACAAUUUUCCUCCCGGUAUCUAGUGCCCUCAAUGUCUACCGUAGAUAUUAACAGCCACGGGGAUUUGGAUUGGCCAAUUAGUAUCACUUUACAUUGCAGUAGGUUACCAUCGCCAGAUAUGCGCUGA